UUGAAAAAAAUAUAUCAGCAUGCUUACCAAGGAGAAUUACACAUUGGAGCAAUCACGCGAAAACAUAGUUACUGAAUCGAACGACGUGAAGCCGUUAAAGUCCGAAGAAAUUCGACAGAAUUUAAUAUGGCCACACAUUUUUGUGAUAGUCUUUCUUCACGCGGGAUUUGUGUUUGCUUGCAGUGUAUACGGUUUUGGACUAUCUUCUGUACGGGUCAAAUGGUUGACCGUUUUGUGGGGUGUGAUCAGCUGUUACUUAGCAUUCAUUGGAAUAACCGCGGGAGCUCACCGUCUCUGGAGCCACCGAGCCUACAAGGCGAACCUCAACUUACGAAUCAUACUGUUGAUCCUUUACUCGUUCGCUGGGCUAUAUUCGCUGUUCCAAUGGAUCAAGGAUCACAGAGUCCACCACAAGUAUUCGGAUACCGAUGCAGAUCCCCACAACGCGUCUCGAGGGUUCUUUUUUGCCCACCUUGGAUGGGUUCUGGUCGAAAGACAUCCCGAAUGCCUACGCCGAGGAAGGGAAGUUGACUUGAGGGAUAUCUACGCGGACCCAGUAGUCAUGUUCAAUAAAAAGUACGUGAUCGAAAUGUACAUCAUAUUUUGCAUCGCGAUUCCGGUGGCAGUACCCAUUAUAUUUUGGGGUGAAACGUUGCUGCAUGCAAUUUUGACUCAAUACUUUAUACGCUACUUAGUGAUCCUUCAUGUCACAUUGUGCGGUAACAGUGUGGCACAUCUUUGGGGCGAUCGUCCGUAUAACAGCGUCAUAAAUCCCAGAGACAACAUCGUACUUUCUUUGCUAACAGGCGGCGAAGGGUCUCACAAUUAUCACCACACCUUCCCCUGGGACUACAAGGGUUCUGAAUGGCCAUACAUGCAAUUCAAUUUGGCGACAUUAUUUAUUCGUGCAUUCUCAAAACUCGAAUGGGCGUAUGAUUUACGAGAACCUUCACCUACCCUCGUGCAAAAAGUUAUCCAAACAAUUGGUCAUAAAUCGGACGUAUCAUCCUAA